AUGCCGCCUUCAGGGGUGUGGUCUCGCUCUGUUUUCUUAAACCUUCUACACCUGAUUAAUUGUGGGAAGCGAAGGUCUCAGGCUCCGGAAACUGGGCUGGUUUUUCCCUGGAUCCUAUGGCAGAUAUGGAAAGCAAGGAAUGCAUUUUGUUUUGAGCACAUACGCUUGGACCCUGUUGUAGUCUUGGAUAAAGCACUGGUGGAAGCAGAAGUAUGGAGAGAACUUCAGGCUCCAGCGGCACAGCGAUCUUCUCAGGUGUCAGUAGCUCAGGACGCUCGGCAAUGGAAAAGGCCGCCUACUGGGUGGGUUAAGUGUAACUUUGCUUCUUCAUGGUUAGACCCUACUAGUGUGUGCGGUGGAGCUUGGAUAGUAAGGGAUAGCUAUGGCAAAGUCAUCUUUCACAGCAGACGUUCUUUGCCUCCUUUACCUAACCCCGUGGAGGCUGAUCUUCUUUCUCUACUAUGGACUUUGGAAGACAUGGCUAAUCUGCGUGUUGAUAAAGCCAUCUUCGAGUCUUCUUCACCUUACUUUAGAGAGGCCUUCCUCAUCAACCCUGCUCCUGGUCUAAAUCCUUUGAUAAAUAUGAUCAUGCUGCGCUUCCAUGGUUUUUCUGAGUGGGAUACUGAUCUUGUGCUUUUCGAGAGUAAUAAGGUGGCCGCCUUCAUUGCGAACAGUGUGACAAGGGAUCAUCGGCUGCAGUCUUAUAUUGGCUCUGGUGGCCCCUCUUGGCUUCAGACCUUAAUAUUGCAGGAGUCGGGACUGGAUUCUUCCUAG